UAAAAAGUGUAACAAACAAAACAAAGGACUAAAAUGGAAUCACCCCCGGGCUAGUGUGCGGCCGCUUGCCGCUGCUCGUAUCAACUAUCUUACAGGUCUGUUUCCUGCAGCACCGCAAACUGCUCCCACUUUCUAAUCCCUCGGCCACUCCACACAAGUCACACUCCCAGAAUUCCAUCUUGCUUUGAUGAAUCCGUCGAACAGCAGAAGCAACGGUUGCGCAGAAGAAGAUUCCAAUCACGAAAAAGAUGAAACUUUCGUUCAAAUUUAUGGCCCACAGGUUUCUCCAUCUUCUCCCCUGGCCUCUGCCGCAUAUUUUUGUGGGAGGUAGUCGAACAUAUAUCUGUUUAGGUUUUCUCAUCUCAUGCCUAUGCUUCUGAACUCAUAUUAGAAGAAGCGACGUUUUUCCUUUUGGUGCGCUAUGGGUGGAAUUCAUAUGUUUAUGGGUAUAGUGUCACAGUUAAGUGGAGGUUAAGAAGUUAACUUUCGCGGAGGGAAAGCUGUUCCCGAACUCUUUAACUCAGUUCAUUGCUAUUAUGUCUGCUGAAGCGAUCUGAGCACUAACAACAUAGGGUAGAGCAGAAGUCGUUUUCAAGCAGCCAGAAGCAAACUCAACAUUGAAUUUGCAAGAAGUGCAAGGCCUUGCCACCUGGGUGCUUGCUGAAGGUUUCAUGCCAUCAUGGGUUUUUAUCAAAAACAAGCCUUUGAUUCCUAAAGUAGUUAUGCUGUAUGUGCCUGGGCUUGAUGCAGCGCUCUACUUGUCGCGAUCUAGAAAUCUCAAAGGUUUUAAACAAUGUUGUGGCAUUCCAAGAGCUGUUCUAGCUCUCAGCUGUGUAUCAGAUGGGACACAAACUAUAGAUGCACUCCUGACCUACAAAAUGAAAAGAAAAAGGGAUGAUGCUGAACAUGUCUCAAAAAUGGUUGCUGAAACAUCUAAACAAGGUGUACUUUGUAAAAUAGUCAUGUGUUUAGUAAUUGCUUGUGGAAAAGGAAUGUUUUACCUAGAUGUUUGACAUUUCUAUGCACUGGAGUAGGAAGGAAACAGUAAUUCAACAAAUGCAUCUACAUACGGUUAUUUAAGUUUUUUUAAAUACAACCUUUGUUGAAAAAAAAACGGCAAUAGAUUCAUCCAAAGUAGCGUGGGUUUUAGGACUUACUGUACUCUUAGCCUUGGUUUAAAAAAGCGCGCCUGAGGCGCGCAAAGGCGCGAGGCGACCUAAAGCGAUCACUUAAUCGCAUCUAAUAACCCCAGGCGGCGUAGAUUCCAAGAGGCGCGCCUUAUACGGCGCUUUUUGACGCCUUUUGCGCGUCUGAGAGGCGCGCGCUUCUCACGCCUCGUGGAAUUCUCUUUUGGCGAUUCCCAUUCCAUGUCUUUUGGCGAUUCAGUCUCUUCUAAUCUUUCUGUUCUUCUCCAUUCUUUCUUCCGCUGCUGUCUUGCCUCGGAAAACCUCGCAGGGUGUACCGCUUCAAGCUCAGAGGUUUCAUCUUUUCACGACCUUACGAAAAACAUACCAUUUCCUAUGACUUAUUAUACCCUUACUGCUAAGGAAUUGGAAGAUAACUCAUACUGUUAUGAUAAGCCAGACUAUCGCUCAACACUUCCUGCUUCUUCAGGAACUCCUCCAUAUGAGAUUUUAGCACUUGAUUGUGAGAUGUGUAUUACAAAAGAAGGAUUUGAGCUCACUAGAGUCACACUGGUAGAUUUUAAAGGGCAGGUUGUAUUAGAUAAACUGGUUAAGCCACUAAAUGAGAUUACUGAUUAUAAUACAAGGUACAGUGGAAUUACUCCUGAGAUGAUGAAUGGGGUGACGACCACUCUUAAAGAUAUUCAGGAGGAUUUUCUACAACUGGUCUAUAAAGAGACUGUUCUGAUUGGGCAUUCCUUAGAGAAUGAUUUGUCAGCUCUAAAGAUAGUUCACAAUUUGGUAAUUGACACUGCUGUAUUGUACAAACACCCGAAAGGAAGGUCAUACAAAACUGCACUUCGUGUUCUGAGCAGGAAGUUUCUUGGAAGGGAGAUCCAAGAUUCUGUAAAUGGGCACGAUAGCGUUGAAGAUGCAAGAGCUGCAAUGGAACUGGCUCUGCUUAAGAUUCAAAAUGGACCUGAUUUUGGUUCACCGCGAUCAAAUUUUAUGCGGAAGAAACUCCUCACAGUUUUGAGUGACUCUGGAAAAACCUCUUCCAUAAUUGAUAGUAUAUCCAUAGUGAAGAAGUACGCCUCUGAGUCAUCCCAUUCCAUUGCAGUGUCAUCUGAUGAUGAAGCUCUUUCAAAAGCCAAUAAAGAGGUGAGAAAUCGUAAGGUGCAUUUCAUUUGGACCCAGUUUUCCGAAUUGGAUUCCUACUUCAAGAAAGAAUCAGAUGAUGCAGAGAAGCUGAAUAGGAAGUUAGCACAGAUGAUAUCACUGCUAACGUGUGAGAGCAAGAAGGCUUCAAACAAAAAAGGCAUCAAAUAUGACAUCACACCUGAAUUGGAAACCAUUCUGAACCGCAUGGAUACCAGGGUUAAAAACCUGUAUGCCAAUCUACCUCAAAAUGCGAUGCUUAUUAUUUGCACUGGUCAUGGAAACACUGCAAUUGUUCAACGAGUGAGGAAGAUGUUGGGUCAAACUGAAACUGCAAUGAGCAGGGAGAAACUUGUCAAAGUGCUGGAAGACCUGCAGGCCCAAGCUGAGGUGGGGUUAUGCUUUGUGGGUGUCAAACAUUAAUACUUGUACUAAUGAUAAUGAUGAUCCAUUCGUCCCCUCCUACGCACAUUGUACAGUUGGCAGUUUUGGUCAUGGUUAAUGCUCUUAUGUUCCCCAUUCAGGUUAUGUAACAGCUCCCCCCAUAUAGGACAAUUUCUUUAUAGGGGCGUUUACUAAUUAAAUUAAAAAACUAGAGAACUGUAAUACUUUGUAGUUUUUUAUGGCUUGGAAAAUAGAAAAUAUGUUUAUUUCGUCUCUUUUCAAAUUUGGAAUAGAUGACAGUUCACCAAUGUCUUUUGUUUCAGUGUU